UGUGUGUGCGCGUGUACGUGUGCUAAAGGAUUAAAAUUUCAGCGGAAGCAGCAGCAGCAGCAGUCGUGUAAAUAGCGCGUCGAUCGUAAAGUGCGAUAGGUGUACUUGCCGUUUCUCGUCGGUUUCUAUAGAACGUUUCGUGUGUUUGUGUGCUCGUUUUACGCGCUCGUGUGUCGCAAUGAAAGCGUUCAUCUUAUUAUCCUGUGUAGCGUUGGCGGCUGCAAGGCCUGAAGCGGGUUAUGCCUACAAUAGGCCCGGCGGUGGUGGCGGCGCUGGUGGAUUUGGCGGCGGCUCUGGCGGUUUCGGUGGUGGCGGCGGCGGCUUGGGAGGUGGACUUGGUGGCGGACUUGGCGGUGGACUAGGCGGCGGCGGAGGUUUUGGUGGUGGUUCUGGCGGUGGUGGCGGAUUUGGCGGCGGUGGCGGCGGCUUUGGAGGAGGCUCACUUGGCGGCGGUGGUGGAUUUGGUGGAGGUUCCCUUGGCGGAUUCGGAGGCGGCGGUGGCGGCGGUGGUGGCGGCACCACACUUGUGCAGAAACACAUUUACGUGCACGUUCCACCACCAGAGCAGGAAGACGUGCGUCCACGUCCCAACAUUCCCAUCGGACAGGCGCAGAAGCAUUACAAGAUCAUCUUUAUUAAGGCGCCAUCUCCACCCAGUUAUCAGGCACCAGUCAUACCACUCCAACCGCAAAACGAAGAGAAGACACUCGUCUAUGUGUUAGUCAAGAAGCCCGAAGAUCAACAGGAUAUUGUCAUACCAACACCUGCACCCACACAGCCCUCCAAACCCGAAGUGUACUUCAUCAAGUACAAGACCCAGAAGGAAGGCGGCGGCGGCGGCGGUGGUGGUGCCAUCGGUGGUGGCGGACUUGGCGGCGGCGGCGGUGGUGGACUGGGCGGUGGUCUUGGCGGUGGUCUUGGUGGUGGAAUCGGUGGUGGUGGUCUUGGCGGUGGUGGCCUUGGCGGCGGCAUCGGUGGUGGUGAUGGCGGUUACUCUGGUGGCGGCGGUGGUGGUGGUGGUGACAUCUCGGCGCCAUCCUCCAACUACGGACCACCUGGCAAGUCUGGACCCUACUAAACGACGUAGACGUAAGGCGACAGCGUUAAUUGAAAUUGUGCAACAGAAGGAAUGUAACAACAACAAAAUCUAUAGGAAAAUUUACGACGGAAUUCGCAGAAGGACCAAAAGAAAUCGCUGCUGGGCGAAAUUCGACAACUACGCGACGUUUAUAGCUAAAGCUGCCGGCUAGUCUUGUUACCCGAUAAUAUACUCGUUAUUUGUUGUUAUUUUAUACAUAUAUUUUUUUUUUUUACUUUUGGUUUGGACAUUCGACCUAACGAAAAACGCGAAGCAGAUGACGAAACCGAAAGAGAAACUGAACAAAUGAACAAAACAAAAUGAAAAUUGCAUAAAAUGCCGAAAAUGCUGUGACUAACCCAUAAGCCAGGUCAGUGACCAACUGCUUGGAAAAUAAAAGAAAAAAAAAACGAACCUUGACUUUGACACAUUCUGCGCAGCAAAGGAACACACACACAUUCCAAAAGGACAAUCCCCCACCUUUUAAGUGCGGCACGCGCUCGCAGGUACCUACUUUGCCUACUUCGUGGCGCUGCGCUCAACUGCGACUCCGUGUAACUGCCCAACUCCAAGGAAGCUGCGCGCAAGUGUCAAAUGUCUGCGGUAAAAGUAACCUUGCCCAUCAUCCACAUUACCAUACAGCCAAAACUCAUCCUCAUCGCUCUACGAUACUCUACUCUACAACUCUACUAUCUCUGUGCUACUCAGUCACUCACUAUAUAUCUACCACGCGCGCCAUCUCUACAAUUUGUACUGUAUCUUGUUCUCUAAGAUCACUUUUGUGCGUGUUAUCUUUUGUAUAUAAGCCAUUUCCCUGUAUAUCUACAUACAUACAUAUGUAUUGAUAUUUUGUUGUAAAUGCGUAUAUAAUAAAUAAUUUGCUAGUUAUAAGUGCGAUGCGUUGAUUAA